GUGCUGCAUCAAAAUGUCGGAGAAACAAUCAACCGAUCAAUACGGAAGACGAAAAUGGAAUGUUGAGCUAUACGAAGAGGAAGCGAAAACCAAGAAAGAGACAACAUCAUCAUCAGUUCAACUUUCUAAGCAAUCAAUAAUCCAGAGUGAGACAUCGUCAUCGGAGUACAUCAAACAUCGAAACAAACUAUUACAAGAUCUGAUCAAUGCCGUUAAGCAAUUCAACUUGAUUAAUCCAGAGGUGGAUGUGUCAAAGCUGUUUGGUGCUAAUAAGCGAUUCGGGUUCUUUUGUCCAAUUUGUGAUUUAUCAUUCAGGGAUAAUUUGGCAUUGGUUGAUCACUUGAAUUCACCUCAACAUGUACGUAAGGCUAAUGAAGCCAGUAGGAAACUAAGAAAAGAAGGUGAUCAAGAAGAAAGUGGUGAAUUGGAAGGAGGAAUACAAAGGGCUAAUUUACUGGAGGUUAUUUCAACUAUAGAACAACUUGUUGCUAGAAGUCUCCGAGAUAAGAGUGAAUCACUGAGUGGAGGAUUAACAUUUAUGGAGCGAGUAGAAAAGAGAAGGAAAUUUGAACAGGAUAAACUAGUACAACGGCAACAGAAGCGACAAAGGAAAAGACAAAGGUUACAACAGGACAAACAAGAACCAAAUGAAGACCCAAUUGCUUCACUCAUGGGAUUCUCUGGCUUUAGUUCAUCCAAGAAGUAGUUGUAUAGUAAUAAUGUAUCAAUUUACAGGUUAUACCUGAUGUUU